AUGUCGACUGCCCUCAUCGACGCCGACUCCAUGGAGCCGUCGCUCCAGUCCAUCCUCGACCAGCGGUCCCUGCGGUGGAUCUUUGUCGGCGGCAAGGGCGGCGUGGGCAAGACGACGACGUCGUGCUCACUGGCGAUCCAGCUUGCCAAGGUGCGCCGCAGCGUCCUGCUCAUCUCGACCGACCCGGCCCACAACCUGUCGGACGCCUUUUCGCAAAAGUUUGGCAAGGAGGCCCGCCUGAUCGACGGCUUCACCAACCUCAGCGCCAUGGAGAUCGACCCCAAUGGUAGCAUGCAGGACCUGCUGGCGGGCCAGGGCGGCGACGAGGGUGGUGCGGCCGCCGACGGCAUGGCCAGCAUGGGUGGCAUGAUGCAGGACUUGGCCUUUGCUAUCCCAGGAAUAGACGAGGCCAUGUCUUUCGCCGAGGUUCUCAAGCAGGUCAAGUCACUAUCGUACGAGACCAUCGUCUUCGAUACGGCACCUACAGGCCACACCCUCCGCUUCCUGCAGUUCCCGUCGGUCCUCGAAAAGGCCCUGGCCAAGGUCUCGCAGCUGUCGUCGCAGUACGGCCCCCUGCUCAAUGGCUUCCUCGGCGGUCAGGGCCAGCUGCCUAACGGCCAGUCGCUGCCCGAGAUGAUGGAGAAGCUGGAGCAGCUGCGCGAGACCAUCUCCGAGGUCAACACGCAGUUCAAGGACGAGAACCUGACGACGUUUGUGUGCGUCUGCAUCGCCGAGUUCCUGUCCCUGUACGAGACGGAGCGCAUGAUCCAGGAGCUGGCCAGCUACAACAUUGACACGCACUGCAUUGUCGUCAACCAGCUCCUCUUCCCCAAGAAGGGCAGCAAGUGCGACCACUGCGACGCCAGGCGCCGCAUGCAAAAGAAGUACUUGGACCAGAUCGAGGAGCUAUACGACGAGUUCAACGUCGUCAAGAUGCCCAUGCUUAUCGAAGAGGUCAGGGGCAAGGAGAAGUUGGAAAAGUUUAGCGAGAUGCUGGUCAAGCCUUAUGUGCCACCUGAGGCAGACGAGUAG